UUAGGUUCAGAGUACCCACAUGCAGUGCCAUAUCUAACCUGCCCCAGCCUCUACUCUAAGGAGUCCAAAGGAUAAAGCCAGGUUAUAAAAGGCCACAGCCAAACUGCUGGGCCUUGAGUGGAAGCUCUGGUGCAGCACAAUGCUGUUGUCUUGGACAAUUGUCCUUCUCCUCCUGGCCACAGUCAGAGGGAGAGAGAUCUGCUACCAGCCUUUUGGCUGCUCUGAUGAGAAACCAUGGGCAGGAAUCAUUCAGCGACCUUUCAAGUUAUUUCCCUGGGCCCCCAAGGACAUUGACACCGGCUUUCUUCUGUACACAAAUGAAAACCCAAACAACUUCCAACGAAUCACUACGACCGACCCAGACACCAUCGAGGCUUCAAACUUCCGACUGGACCGCAAGACACGCUUCAUCAUCCACGGCUUCCUAGACAAGGGGGAGGAGAGCUGGCCGUCAGACCUGUGCAAGAAAAUGUUUAAAGUGGAGAAGGUGAACUGCAUCUCUGUCGACUGGAGACUCGGGGCCCGCACAGCAUAUUCCCAAGCCGUGCAGAAUAUUCGGGUCGUGGGGGCGGAGAUCGCUUACUUAACACAAAUUCUGUAGACGGAGCUGGGGUACAGCCCCAAGGACGUGCACCUCAUCGGCCACAGCCUGGGUGCGCACGCGGCCGCGGAGGCGGGCAGGAGGCUGGGGGGCCACGUGGGCAGGAUCACUGUGCAGCUUGUCCACUCCUCCCUUUCGGGGCUAGAUCCAGCAGAGCCACGCUUCCAGGGCACGCCUGAGGAGGUUCGGCUGGACCCAUCCAAUGCUGCGUUUGUGGAUGUGAUUCACACGGAUUCUGCUCCCAUAGUCCCUUCCCUAGGUUUUGGAAUGAGCCAAAAGGUGGGCCACCUGGAUUUCUUUCCAAAUGGAGGAAAGGAAAUGCCUGGAUAGAAAAAUAUCCUUUCAAUCAUCAUUGAUAUAAAUGGAAUAUGGGAAGGGACUUCCAACUUUGUAGCUUGCAAUCACCUGCGAAGCCACAAGUAUUAUGCAAGCAGUAUCCUCAACCCCGAUGGCUUUCUGGGCUACCCCUGUGCCUCCUACAGUGAGUUUCAGGAGGCAGGUCACACCAGGGAGGCUGGGGAAGAUAAUGGCUGUUUCCCUUGUCCAGCUGAAGGAUGCCCCAAAAUGGGGCACUAUGCUGACCAAUUUAAGGGGAAUACCAGUGCUGUGGGACAAACAUUUUUGAACACAGGAGAAAGUGGUAACUUUACUCAUAACUGGAGAUAUAAGGUAUCAGUCACACUGUCUGGAAAAAAGAAAGUGACAGGGUACAUCAGGAUUGCUUUGUAUGGGAGUAAUGGAAAUUCAAAACAAUAUGAGAUUUUCAAAGGCUCCCUCAAACCAGAUGCAAGUCACGUACAUUACAUUGAGGUGGAUAUCAAUGUUGGAAAAAUCCAGAAGGUUAAGUUCCUCCGGAACAACCAUGUGAUAAAUCUCUUUUCACCCAAACUGGGGGCUUCCCAGAUCACAGUGCAAAGUGGUGAAGAUGGGACGGACUCAUACUCGGAGGCUUCCGCAGGUACCCAUAACCCCAGUGGCUUCCGCGAGGCCUCUAACCACCUGAACUCACACCUGGUCAGGGCCACGUGA